CUCCGCUGGACAAUAAAGACAACCACCCUGCCUUCCUCUUCUCCAACUCCUCCCCCUCCUCUGCUCUUCCUGCUCUCUUUAUAUCUUCACCACCUGCCGCCCUCUCUCCACCUUCCGUUCGUCUCUCUGCGCGAGAAGCACCUAGCCCACAACCACCAUCUCCUCUCUUGCAAAGGGAGCCAGCUGCUAGGAGAAGGCAGCAGCUGGUUCUUUCUCCCGAGGCUUUGGCAGGUCGCCUCCUACUCUCCUACAGUCCCACUGACCCUACCCUCUUGGCGCUGCGGUGUCAGAGACAAGAGAAACCUCAGCAGCAUCAAAUGUUCCUGUGCUUCACCAUUUCCGUCGUAUAAAUCCACAACAGAGAGAAAGAGAGAGAAAAGGAGAUCAAGAUUGAAGCUUUUGUUGAUUGGUUCAUUGUUAAGUAGUGGUGGUCGUGUGUGAAGAAGACGACCAAGAAGCAGAGCUGGCGAGGCUGAUGAUCCAGGACGAAGGCUCGUCGUCGUCGGUCACAUCAUCCCCGCUGCAGAACUUCUCCAACAUGCCGCUCCACCCGGCCGCCGCCGCCGCCGCGUCACCGACACAGCCCUGGCUGCUGCGGGAACUGCGCUCCGACGAGCGCGGCCUCUGCCUCAUCCACCUCCUCCUCAACUGCGCCGCGGCCGCGGCCGCGGGGCGGCUCGACGCCGCCAACGCUGCGCUCGAGCACAUCGCCUCGCUCGCCGCGCCUGACGGCGACGCCAUGCAGCGCGUGGCGGCCUCCUUCGCGGAGGCGCUGGCGAGGCGCGCGCUCCGGGCGUGGCCGGGCCUGUGCCGGGCACUGCUCCUGCCCCGUGCGGCGCCCACACCGGCGGAGUUCGCCGCCGCGCGACGACACUUCCUCGACCUCUGCCCUUUUCUCCGCCUCGCCGGCGCCGCCGCCAACCAGUCCAUCCUGGAGGCGAUGGAGUCCGAGAAGAUCGUGCACGUUAUCGACCUCGGCGGCGCGGACGCCACCCAAUGGCUCGAGCUCCUCCACCUCCUGGCCGCGCGGCCGGAGGGCCCGCCCCACCUCCGUCUCACUGCCGUCCACGAGCACAAGGACGUCCUCACCCAGACGGCCAUGGUCCUCACGAAAGAGGCCGAGCGCCUGGACGUUCCCUUCCAGUUCAACCCCGUUGUCUGCCGCCUGGACGCGCUCGACGUAGAGUCCCUCCGCGUGAAGACCGGCGAGGCGCUGGCCAUUACCUCGAGCCUCCAGCUGCACAUUCUCCUCGCCUCCGACGACGACUCCGCCGCAGCCGUUGGCAAGGACAAGGACAGGCGCAGCCCGGAAUCCGGGCUGUCCCCGUCAACGUCCCGUGCGGACGCGUUCCUGGGCGCGCUGUGGGGGCUGUCGCCGAAAGUGAUGGUAGUGACGGAGCAGGAGGCGAGCCACAACGCGCCGGCGCUGACGGAGCGGUUCGUGGAGGCGCUCAACUACUACGCGGCGCUGUUCGACUGCCUGGAGGUGGUCGCGGCGCGCGGGUCGGUGGAGCGCGCGCGCGUGGAGAGGUGGAUGCUCGGUGAGCAGAUCAAGAACAUCGUGGCGUGCGACGGCGCGGAGCGGCGGGAGCGGCACGAGCGGCUGGAGCGGUGGGCGCGACGGAUGGAGGGGGCCGGCUUCGGGCGCGUGCCCCUCAGCUACUACGCGCUGCUGCAGGCGCGGCGGGUGGCGCAGGGCCUCGGCUGCGACGGGUUCAAGGUGCGCGAGGAGAAGGGUUCCUUCUUCCUGUGCUGGCAAGACCGCGCCCUCUUCUCCGUCUCCUCCUGGCGCGGCCGCCGCUUCGACUGACCGACCGACACACCCGGCGCGCCGCAUCGCGUCGGCGGUGGCGUCCUGUAUCCUUCCCGUAUUUGUGCGAAGGAGACGUAGAUUUGCUCAUGUUGUGUCAGGUGCUCGUCACGUUCACCUCGCGUCGCGUCGCGUCGCGUUGGCUUCUUACAUUUUUUUUGGUUUCACUACUUCUUCUCCCUUAUUUUAGGGUGGUGUCGUGUUAGAUUUCAGGUCAGCUGAAGUGGAUGUGUUGUUUUGUUCAUAGUGUAUCCUUUUCCGUUUUGGAUGAAAUGCAUAGACUUCUCGUA